GUCAUCUAUAGGUCUAUAUAAGACCUGUUCUCAAUGAAAAGGAAGAGGCCACACAUAAGUCUUGAGUAAGAAAUGGCCGGGAUUUUCCAAGGUUCUUUUCUACUCCUCCUGUUUUACAAUGUAGCAUCAACAUCUAUCCACGUGCAGCUUAUACCCUCCGAUACCCCGAUGGCUGGAAAUGAUGGAAUGUACCAUGUAGAAGCGAAGCGGCCAUUCGGCGGCGUAUACGGCAGACCAUUCACGAUGGGGAGGCGUUCUUCGGACUUCGGAAAUUCCCACCUCGCGACAAAAAGACCUUUUGGUAGAGUAUUUGGAAGAUCCUAUAAAUUAGGAAAACGAGAUUUCGUGCCUCCAGAAUCCCAUAUUACGGUGAAACGCCCAUUUGGGAGAAUAUUUGGAAACUACAGAACAAAUGUCCACGCUUCCAAGCAAAAACAAACAAAACGUCCUUUUGGGUCUGUAUAUAGAAUUUCAUAUAGUAAACGACCCUUUGGAGGAGUUUAUGGUAAUUCUUACAAGAUAGGCAAACGAUACGUUCUACCACAGGAUGAACAUAACGAGGUGAAACGACCCUUUGGUAAAGUUUAUGGUCGCUCAUACAAAUUUGGUAAGAGACCGUUUGGCCAAGUAUAUGGAUCAAGGUACGGAAAAAGAUCGGUCGAAAGCUUUGACGAUGAAGCAGCGAUAAUCUUCGAAAACACGUCGCCAUCAGAAUACAAUGGGCACGAGCUACUUGUAAAACGACCUUUUGGUAAAAUUUACGGGAAAAGAUAUGACGUUGACAAACGCCCUUUUGGUCAAAUCUACAGCCCAAGACGUCCUUUUGGUAGCGUCGACUUCCCGAUGCUGAACAAGAGACCAUUUGGUAAAAUGUAUGGGAGAUCGUAUAGACUAAAGAAAAGCCCAUACAAAAUAUACACAGAUGGGAAAGGUUCAUUUGUAAACAUUCCAAAUUCUAUCGUAGAUGAGCCCGAUAGCCUUGUACUUCCGGGUCCAUCCGACCGGAUUUCGAACCAGCCUUAUCCGGCUUUCUUUGAGGAUCCAGGUCAAAAAGACGCUGUUUUUGUUGAGACAGGCGGAUAUGACGUGGACGUACCUGGUUUUGAAGGUCAAACAGAGGAUCAGGAUAUGGGAGAAGUAUACACAGACAGUGAUGGUGCUAUGGAGGAGGACGAAUCAGACGAUGGAAAUCUAGGGAUUGAAGAGGACAGUGAGGAAGACAGCGAAGAAGAAUAGUGGGUUUUUUUUCAUUCAUCUAUAAGACGGAUAUUAUGCGGAAAAAAAUUAAAACAGAUGACGAAGAUCAAUAUUUUAGAUAGGUGAUUGAGGAAAUUAACCUGAAAUCUUUUCAAGUCUAGAUCUCGUUAAAAUAGUUUGCUGUCUCAUUCUGUUAUGUCAUGAAUGAAGGACAUCGGUGACAUCAAUUGAAUUAAGAACUUUUAUUUUCUCAUCCCUAACUCUUAUACGGAAAAGAAGUACCACUAUGUCUCAUAUUUUCAAAAAUUUUGUUUCGGCUUAUUCGAUCGGAAAUGAACUGUCAUACUUUUCAAAAUAAAAUGAUUUAUCAUUUGUAUUUUAGUACAAGACUUUUAAAGUAAAAUUGUCAGAGUGUGAUUUAUUUUCAUAUGUGUUCAUUUAACUGUUGUUAUAUUUAAUCAUCGAUCUUCGGAAUUAAAUGUACUAAAUAUUG